CAGCAAUCAUGUUCAGAUAAGCUAUUCAAAACACAAGUUUCGGAAUUCCUUUGCUGAGUCGGUCAAGGGUUCGAAACUGUCUAGUUACAAAUAUACAAUCUUUCCAUCAUCCCUGCCUCGAUCUCACCUUUCAAAUACAUUCAUUCAUAGGUAUGAAGUUGUAUUUUUGUACAAUGGUGAUAUUUAGACAGGCUAAAUGAACAAAGACCAACAGCGUGAAGGCAAGAGAUAAACACAGAGUGUUGAUGUUGUUAAGCAGCAGAUAACAAAAUAUUCUUAAUUUCACACUUCCAUUUCAAUAGUUUCGCAACCUUGUUAUCUCUCUUUCUCGCUCUCUCACAGUGAGUAAUCUCUGCUCACCACAACCUUCUUCAGAAAAAAAUCAAGUGGAAUCAUGGAGAAGAAACACAAAAUAUCAUUGGACAACAGCAAUGUGGGUGUUGGAGGAGAGGAUAAGAUAAGUAAUUUGCCCGAUCCACUGAUUCAUCAUAUUUUUUCUUUCCUUCCAACCAAAUGUGCUUUGUCUACCUGCAUUUUAUCUACAAGAUGGAAGUAUUUAUCAAACUCUAUCCCCACUCUUGAUUUUCGACGGUGGCGACCUCUAGUUGGUUAUAGAAAUGAAGAAGAAAUGCUGCAGGAAUCCAAACCGUUCAUGAAUUUUUUGGAUAGGGUUUUAUGUCUUCAUGAGAAGCCUAAAAUUCAGAAAUUCUGUCUCAGUUGGGAUGAGCAUUUUGAUGAAUCCCGAGUAAAUAACUGGAUUGCUAUUGUUGUGAAGCGUAAAAUUGAAGAACUUUUUCUUUCAAAAGGAUCAACAACACCCUUCAUUUUUCCUCUAUCAUUAUUUACUUGUGAUUCGUUGACCGUGUUGGACUUAGGCAUGGCAAGACUCAAUGUUCCAAACAAAGUUCAUUUUCCAAGGCUCAAAUUGCUUCGCCUAAGACAUAUGAAUUUUGUGAAUGGGUUCUCGCUCAACCAAUUAGUUUCUAAUUGCCCCAUCCUUGAAGAGUUGAGUUUGAUACACUGUGUUAGUUUGAAGUCUGAAGUUUUAUGCAUUGCAAAUGUUGCACUGAAGAACUUGUACAUCAGCUACUGUUAUUUUGAAGAGUCUACAAUGAAGAUUUGUUCACCUAAUCUGUCGACCAUCAGUUACGGAAAAUACUUACCAAAAGAUUUUGUAAUCGACAGUUUCCCGUCAUUACUUGAGGCCGAUAUGGACAUAUUAUCUCGCGAACAUAAUGGCGCCGAAAAAUUUGUCCUUACCAAGCUUUAUAAAAAGCUUGCGAAUGUAAAGCUUCUUAAAGGGUCUGGUACCUUCUUUCAGAUUCUAAGUCAGGCGGAUAUCCUCUUAGCCGAUUUGCCUGCAUUUAACAAUUUGAUACAUCUGGAAGUCAGCUCAGCGGCGAUUCUGAGAAGAUUUUUCAGAUUUCUCCAGCUCUGGCCUAAUCUUGAAUCGAUUGUCUUUGCUAAGAGAAUUGGCUUCCCUGAAGAUGAUGAUUGUUGGUCACUUGAUCCUAAAGGUUCGCUACCACACCUGAAGUCAAUCAAAUUCAUAAAUUUUCGAGGAGGGCCAAUGGAGCUAACUGCAAUUAAACUCUUUCUGAAGUAUGCUGGAUUUCUUGAGACUGUAACCAUAGUAGCUUCUCCAGAGCUAUCUAACCACACUAAUGAACAAGUAAAUGUAAUGAAGCAAUUAUUAGAGUUUCCAAGACUCGCAAAUUGUGUGGUUAAGUUCUUGAUGAGCUAUGAAAACGCUUAACAAUACUUUCAGCGUUGUUAUUCUAAUUUUUACGAGGAUACUAAUAUCAAGGAUUGGGUACUAAAAUGUUCUGAUUACGCCCCAUCUUUUUUUUUUUGAGAGUUAAUGUUUGGAGGUUAGGGUUCUUUUGGGAGUUUUCCUGGGUAUUGUUGCAAAGCUGAAGUUGAAAUUUGGGUUUUUAGUGUAAGUAAUUUCUAGUUGGGUAGUUUUUUUUAAUUUUGUUGAUGAUGUAAUGACGCUCUAUAAUUCAAUGGUAUAUCUGAAAAGUCA